UGGCGCUGCGUGCGUGCAGUCUAACGGUAUUGAACGGCAACGAAAGCAAACGACACAAAAAUACCGAAGAGCACCAAGUUUAGAGAGAGAGAGAGCGAGAGAGUAACUAACUGCUUGGCGUUGAGCGCGCGCGCUACGAAACGAAACCAAGAAGUCGAAGAGAAGAAGAAGCAGCAGCAGAAAGCAGAAACACAAGCAGAUAUUGUAGUUUGACUUUGCGCUUCCGUCGCAGCGUCGUUGUCGUCGCCGUUGUCGUUGUAGUUGUAAUUCCUUUUUUUUUCGGUUGUUGUUGUUGUUAUUAAUAUUUUUUUUUUUUGGAAAUUGUUGGUGAAAAGUUACAAAAAUAAAAACAACCCGAGAGCGAGAGAGAAGAAUAAAUUAUUAAUAAGGACAAGUGUGGGAGAAUAUAAAAAGAUAUAACAAAAUCAAAAAAAAAAAAAGAAAAGAAAGAAGCAAACACACAAACAUUCAACGAGGCGAGAGCGAGCACAAAAGAGAGAGUGAGAGAGAGCAGAAAGGAAGCGAACUUUUGGCACACGAUGAUGGAGCAAACGCUGCGCAAACAGACAACAACGACAAGCGGUCCCAGUUUAACGGGAACCGGAACCGGCACCGGCACCGGAAAUGGCAGCGGGACAGGGAAAGGGACAGGGACAGGGAAUGGGAACAGCAACAGCUCAUCGUCCUCAUCAUCGACGGUGUCAUCGGCCACCUGUUCAGCGAAUGCGACAACAAUCGUUGCCAAGCAACGGCCGCCGCCAUUGAAAACGGCCACGACGACGGUGACAACGACGCUCGUGAGCAGCAAUGAAGGCGGCCAACCGCUGCCGAUGCCCCAUCCAAGCGGUGCAGGCGGUGGCAGCAGCGGUGGCGGUGGCAAUUAUCGUGGCACCACAACGCUAACGACACCGUCGACGCCGCGCAUCGAGUUGAGCCGGGCGUCGAGUUCAUCGCAUCACGAGGAGGACAGCCGGGAAAGCAGUCCGGAGAAUGUCUUCGAGCAGGUCGGCACUGGCACCCUACAGGAAACCAUUGGUCUCGGUUUUCGCGAAGAGGGCGCCCUCGAGCUACGCAGCUCCACCGAGGAGCUCUAUUUCAUGGAUCCCGAGCAAAAGAAAGAGGAGCAAGAGCGCCUCCAGCAGCAGCAGCAGCAGCAACAGCAGCAGCAACAACAGGUGAGUGAGACGAAACGCUCCUCGCCGCACAUCUUCAAGUUUGACGAUCACCAGAGCUAUCUGCAACAGCACCAGCGCAAAGAUUCCGCCAGCUCCGAGGUGGCCGCCCUGCUCUGCAUCUCGGGACGCACCAGUCGCAUCUCAAGCGUCGGCAGCCAAGGCUCCGCAGUCAGUCGCCUCUCCGCCGUGUCGUGUGUGUCACGCUCACCGUCACCACAUCGCAUGUUGCUCGAAACAUCGUUUUGCGGUCCCAAGCCCAUGGAACCGGGCAGCGAUGGUGUGCUAAGUGGUGCUGCGAGCAAUGCCUCAACAGCGCCCAGCUCAGCGCAAAGCCUGGGUGAAGCAACGCUGGCGGUGGAGCAAUUGCUGUUGGCGCGCACCAAACACGAUCCCACGCAGGUGGUGUUGGCUGAGGGCAUACAGAUGCAAAUGCAGCCAGCGACCAAGACGGGCACCACAACACGCAAAACGAAGCAGCCGCCCACAACGCUGGCCAACGGGGAACGCAACAGCAGCAGCAGCAAAGCGCCCACAAGCAGUGCAACGCAGUCCAGCAAGAUGGGCGCCCAGCGACGUAGCACCAAAAGUCCCGGACAAAUGGUCAUAGGAAAGACGGCCAGCGGGACCGAGUACAUACGCAUUAAUCUGCGACCCGAUCACAUGUACAGCGACAAAGGAAUUGCGGCCAACGAGCGUGUGGUGGAGGCGCCCAAUCAACUGACUCCCGUCUACUCGAAGGGCACACAACCCAAGCCGCCGCCCGCAUCGUUGUGCCUGCAGAGCGGCGGUCUAGACGAUGAUCAGCAGCAUCGUCUGACGCCCACCGCAAGUCCGAAGCCCGGACGUCAUGCGUUGCGUCUGACAAGUCGUUCGCCCUCACCGGCAGCAGCCGCCGGCGGUGGAGGUUCUGUGUCACGCAAAAGUUCAUUCAGUUCGCUAUUUCGACUGGGUGGUAAAGAUUCACCCGACUCGCCACGGGAAACGUCACGUUCGCGCAGCAAGAGCAAAGAACGUCCCUCGACCGCAUUGGGACACGGUUCGAGUGGCGGUUCACAGAACGUGACGCCCAGCAAACAGAAGUCGGUGCUGGCGAUCUUCAAGCCGGGCAAACGUGGCAGCAGCGCUGGCUCCAAGAGCUCAUCACCGAUUGAGGGUGCCACCGAGACGCCACCGCCGCCGCCACCAGCGCCCGGAGGCGCCGGACGCAGUCGGACACCGGCGCCCGGCUCGCGACCGAAUAGUCGGCUGCGCUACUACGACGAACCCGUCGAGGGUUACAUCCAUAUACCCUUGCACACGCCUCCCGAAGAACGUGAGGCACGCACUCUGCUCCAGGGUAUACAACAGCUGGCGGCAGCGCCAUCGCCACCACCGCUAUUACCCACAGCAACACCGGCAGUCACAAGUGCCACAGCAACGCGCAUCGCAGCUGUGGCACCGAAUGCGGCACCCGCGGGCGCCGGAGCUCCCAUCACAGCCAGUCAGCUGGCGGCCGCUGCGGCCGCUCUGAAACCCGUGGGACAACGGAAGGCGGUGCCAGCGCCACCGCCGCGCACACAACACGAUCUGGAUGCCAUCGAUACGCUGCCACCGCAGGAGGAGCUCGAACAACAGCAGCAGCGCAACUGGAGCCUGGAGGUGCAACGGCAUAGUUCGUCCCAGGAAUCGCAGGACACGUUGCAAUCGAUUAGCUCGGUGGUUAGCGCACGUGCCGCAAAUCUGGCUCAGGUGGCGGAAAAUUGCAAUGCAGAGCAAUUGCAACGACUGCCGUCGGUGGACAGCACACAGAGCGCGUGUGAGCCGCGUCUGGUGCAAACGGUGGCCACGGUGAAUGCACCCAUCGAGGAUGCGGUGGCCAAGGAGCGACGUCGUCUGUUGUUUGCCACACGUCUGGGCUCGGGCAGCCAGGAACAAUUGUUUAGCACACAGUUUAGCAUCUCAAAGACGGAGAGUCAGUCCAGUCAGUUAUCCGAGCAGGUUCAAUUGCCGGAUUCCACUGGUUCUACCGGCUCCGAUGCGACUAACGACGGCAUCCUACAACGUCAGGGCACCGUCAUUCGGCGCACAGAUGUGCCGACCGGCCAGGUGACUGCUGCGAGCACUGUGCGCUCCAGUUCCGAGGAGGAUGCGGAUGAGCAACCGGUGAUUGUGAGUGCUGCUGCUGUUGUCAUGCGCAGCAAGCACAAGUCGUGCUCCAACUCCGAGGAGGAAUCACCGGGAGCAGCGGCAGUAACAGCUGCUCCACAACAGGCGGCCGAUGUGCGACACUCGCGCUAUCUAGAGAACUUUGAUGUUCGCAAAAAGUAUCACGAGAAUGUGACGCCACGGGAGUCCAACACGCCACAUGUCGCUCAAGCCCAACCUCCAACUCAGCCACAACCUCAGACACAGUCACAGUUGCCACAGGGACAUGGCACCGUGCCACGCAAGCCCAAGCGACAGAGUGUGCCGGAAGUGAAACCAAUUGCCAGCAGUCAGACGCCCACGACGCCCAUUGCGAGUGAACUGCCCGUGGAAGAGCCCCCCAAGCCAACAACGCACCCAUCGACUGAGGAAGCGAUGGAACUGGACGAGGAGGCGACGCCACCAACGCAUGUCAGCAACGAACGUGACGAACGACGCCAUUCAACGGAUGAUCACGAACCCAUUGAGUCGUCGGAGAGUGAACGUGACUCGGACAUGGCGGGUAGCUCGUCAGUGGCAACGGCAGUUCCUGUGGGCGCCGAAGCGAAACGUCAUCACUUUCCGCGCAACGUUUGCCUGAUCGAGGAGCACGAAAGCACCGGUCUGGUAUCACAGGAAUCGUUCGACGAUGAGCUACCCUAUGUGCCCACCACACUGCCAGAGGAGCGAGCUCAGGGCGUGCCUCUGAUACCGAUGAAGGAGCGCGCCAAUAUGGAGCUAAAGACAUGUCCCGUGGAUCGGCCGCGUUCCACAACGCCUCUCAAUCCCUCCCAUCUAGAGGAGUAUUGCACCGGCAUAAUGACGCCACAGGAAUCGCCACACGCGGCUGCCGGUCACGAGCUGGACAUUGGCGGUCCGGUGCGUGGCGAGAAGUUGCGCAUCAGUUUGCCACGCAAGGACUCGACGAUCAAGGACAAGGGGCAAUGCAGCAAGUCGCCACGACGCGUCUCCAAUGCCAGCGGAAAGUCGUGGUUCGAGUUUGCCGAGGAAGGACUGCGUGCCAAUAAUCUGGAGCGCAAGGACUCCAACAAACAACUGCUGCCAGCUGCACCAACCACGGCAGCCACAUCAACGCCAACGCCAGCGGUCGCCACGCCGCAAACGCCCUCAAGUCUGGAAGAACCAAAGCCGAAAGCAUCGACGCAACGCAAACUGUCCGGUCACUGGAUUGACUUUGAGAACAUACCGGAGAAACGUAAACCCGCCAAGCGCAUUACCACGCUGCCCAAGGAGACAAUAACCACAACAACCACGGCCAUCACAAGCGCCUCAUCAGCCUCGGCCUCGGCGUGUGCCAGCUCCCAUCGCACGCAUCACAGUCACACACACAGUCACAGUCAUGCUGGCCAUCAGCAUCAUCAUCAUCAGUCGCAGCAGCAGCAACAUCAGCAGUCCGCAGGACGUCAACAGGAUGCAACUGCUGGCGGUGAUAAACUGCACUACAACUACGUGAAACCCGAGGAUUGUCAGUGCGAAUGCCAUGAGGCGGAACGAGUUGAAUCGUCGGUGGGUGAACGGGAUAAGGACACGAGCACAGGCACAGGAACCGGCACGGGCACAGGCAGCGAUUCCCUGGCCUCAGUGGAUGUGGAGCUGCUGCAGCAGGGCGAGGAUAUGUUGCCGCUACUCGAACCUGAAACGCAGCCAGACACGAGAAUUUACUCGGAUGAGCCGCUGCCACCGCCACGUCACAGCAACAAACCUACUGGCUCCAGGGUGGAUGAGUUCCCUCGACGCGAUGCCGCACAGAGUUCCAGAAAUCGCAAAUUUCCCGAUAGAAAGUAAGCAAAUCAAAACAAAAAAGAAAACAAGCAAAAGCAAAAUGUAUGUGGGUAUGCGUGAUGUUUUUUUUUUCCUAAACUAAGACCUAAACUAUUUGCAUCUUCAGGGUAGCUAAACCAAUAAAUUCUCACUCUAAAAGUCGAUCAGGAUUGCUAAACUCCUGAUCGGUAUCCUUAAUAAAUGUACCUCAAGCAGUGCGGUUGUUAUAAGCAAAGUGUUGGCAAGGAAAAUAGCAAUGAACGAAGUAAAGCCUAUUAGCAUUGGAUUCUAUUAGCUAAUUAUAUACAAUACGAUACGAUACGAUUACAUAGCAAUGCAUCUUACAUUCAGAUAUCUAGGAAAACAGAUAAAUACAUUAAUGAAUAAUUAAUAUGUAUGUAUAUUAUCUAGGGUAAAACUUUUUUGAUAGGUGCAAUUAAGAAACCCUCGUCUAGAACCUUAGACCUUAGACCCAAGAUUAACCCAAGUGCAACUCUGCUUUUCGAGGCGAAUUAAAACAGUUGAAUGUG